AUGGUACCACAGUGCUAUGUGUUUGAAGCUCAGACUCCAGCUCAUCAACUCAGUUGGACUUGCUACAGACGUGGUCAUUAUGAACAACAAAGGAGUUCACCACCUCCCACAUUAUGCAGUGACACAGAGAAGGAUUUGUUGAAAGUGAGUCUCAAUCAGCUUCAAUGUCACUUCACGUGGACUCCACAGAAAGAAGCCAUCGACUUGGAUGAUAUGAAACAAAGAUUAGAAGAUUCAAUACAACUUGAUGUGAAAUAUCAAGCCAGGUCUUACAACCAUCUCGCCUUUAUAAACUGUCUGCAAGGAAACUGUGAAGAGGCAAUUCAGAAUUUAAAGGAAGCUGAAAGGAUUCUGAGGGAGAGACAUGGAGAUGAAUUUGAGAAAAGGAUCUUGGUCACCUAUGGAAACUAUGUCUGGGUUUAUUAUCACAUGGACCGACUGGAGGAGGCUCAGUCCUACCUCGACAAGCUGGAGACAGUCUGUAAACUAUUUCCUGAAGCCUCUCGGUUUACAGCAAUGAUACCUGAGGUUUACGGGGAGAAGGGCUGGACACUGUUGACUACAGCCGCUCAAUAUUAUGGAGAGGCAAAGGAAUGUUUUACAAAGGCCCUGGAGGAAGAUCCUGACAACAUUGAGUGGAAUGUUGGCUAUGCCACUGCACUGUCCCGUCUAGAAGGAUUUUCAGGUACCCAAGUGAGUCACAAAUCUACUGAAUCAAUGAAACAGUUUAGACGUGUGCUGGAGCUAGAUCCUGAUCAUGCUGAAGCCAUGGUGUUGUUAGCUUUAAAACUACAAGAGUUAAGUCAAGAGGGGGAAGCAUCCACAUUAGUUGAACGAGCAUUGCAGAAGUCUCCUGAUCUCCCACACGUGCUUCGAUAUGCAGCAAAGUUUUACAGAAUCAAAGGAGAUGUUGAAAAAGCUUUGAAAGUGUUGAAGACAGCAAUGGAAAUUACCCCCAACUCUACCUUUUUACACCAUCAAAUCGGUUUGUGUUACAGAAAGAAACUAAUGCCAUUGCUCAAACAUCCACUCAGCAAAAACCCUAAAGAUCCUGCUUUUCAACAGAAAGUUGAACUGAUCAAACUUUGCAAGUCUCAUUUUAAAAAUGCUUUCAAGCCUCGACCAUUAACCUUUAUUAGGGCACAACUGGAUUUUGCAGGAAUAUGUUCACUAAAUGAAGAGUUUCCUGAAGCAGAAAAGAUCUACAACAAUCUCCUGAAACUGAAAGAUAUCCGUCCAGAGAAUAGGCAAGCAAUAUGUUUACAAGCUGGAUUAUUUCAACUGUUCCAGAAAAGAGCAGAAUCAAAAGCCAUCGCCCAUUUUCUGGAAGGAAUGAAAGUCAAUUACAAUUCCAUAGAAAGAAAAAAAUGCCGUGAAAAUUUGGAGAGGACCGCAACACGACGGCUUCACAGGAAUCCACGAGAUAGCGAGGCCCUUGGUGCUCUUGGCUUCCUGCAUCAACUGGAUGGGAAGAAGCGCAAAGCUGUCGAAUACUUUGAAAAGGCCUUGCAAUUUGAUCAAGGCAAUGAAGAAUAUCUCAGUGCCCUUUGUGAAUUACGUCUUUCUAUCUAGCUCAGUAAUGAACUUGCCAGCUAAAGUUCAGCUGAAAGAUGAAUUAAUACUCUCUAAUCUAUAAUCAGCUUUUACCCCUGGUAUCCACUUCACUUAUAUUUUGCUUAGAUAUUUUUCAAUUGAGCAUAUUAUUCAUGUGUAUAAUUUUCAGAUGGCUAGUUGUAUUUUAGUUAUUCUAAACGCCUGCUUUAUUCAGGAAUGUUGUCCUCACUGGUGAACUAACUAACCAAUACCCAAGAGUUAUUGCUCUGUGUGGAAAGAAACAAAAACAUUUGAGUUUUUUGGGAUUCAUAUUAACUGAUUCAAACUGUUUUAAAUCCAAUUAUAAACAGUACAUGUGACUGAUUUUAACUCCAGUUUGGUUUUAAGUGUGUGGUGAAGGAGUUUCAAAACUGAACCUUCGCUGCUAAUUAGAAAUCAAAAGAAUUGCAGAUGCUGUCAAUCAGAAACAAAAACAGAAUUUGCUGGAAAAGCUCAGUAGGUCUGGCAGCAUUUGUGUAGAGAAAUCAGAGUUAACGUUUUGGGUCGAGAGACCAUUCCUCAGACCUACUGAGCUUGGGCUACCUGGCUUCUAUAGAUCAACAGCUACUCAAUACAUUGAGAUGGAAAGACCUCAGACCGGAGCCUUUUUCCCACAAAUUGGGAUGUUUCUAAUUCCUGGUUAUAUUGUUUCCAUGUUUGAAUUUCAAUGGAGGCAUCUAAGAGUUGUUAGAUGUCACUGAGGUAAUACCUUGGAAACAUAAGUUAGCAGGUCUGGCAGCAUCUGUGGAGAGAAAUCAGAGUUAAAGUUUCAGGUCAGGUGACCCUUCCUCAGACAUGCUGAGCUUUUCCAGCAAGUUCUGUUUUUGCCUCUGUGCUAAUAUCUGUCUCAGCGUAUUUUAAAUUCCCAACUGCAUUCAUGUGCUGGCUGUCAGUAUUCAGGUGAGUGUUUCGAAAGAGAUUCUGGGAACAUCGCAUUGGGAUGAAAAAAAGAAUGUGGUGGAAAAGGACAUUGUAGGGAAGCUCCAAGUUAUCAUUUUAGGCCCUGGUGGGGGAUUCACGCCCCCCAAAAAGUAAACCUUCCCCUUUGUUUCUCUUCUGACCUGUUUCAGUCAGGGCCAAAAGAUGCAGCACUGCCCCCCUGCUCCGGACUGAGUUACCAUCACAAUCAGGGCUCGUGAAUAUCACCGAACUCCAGGCUCUGGUUGUUAUUGAGGAUCCCACACAGCUUCACCCCAUUUACACCAAGUGGCUCCGUCUAAUUUUCCCCUCAUUGAGUUCUAGUGUCAUCUGGGUCACAGCAAGUUAAACUGAUAUCCAAAUGUAGAUGAAAAUAUGUGCUUUAUCAUGAUGCUGAACACUUUAUUAUAGGAGCAGUACACUUUAGGUGAAAGCACCAUUGGUCUCAGUGAUAGUCUGAGCAUGUGACUGCUCCUCUUUCGAUGGUGAUGAUGGUGUGUUAACAAUAUCCAAUCCAGCCUCUAGAGACUGGAAUAAAACCCCUCUUCACUUGCUGCCUUUUCACAGAAAGGCUCCCCUUGGGUGAAAGGGUUCCCAAAUGUGACAGUUGGGAGAGGGCCAAUAAUCACUGCAGACCCUUCAAAUAAACCAACAGCUCAAUUCUGUGUCCCUGAGGACUUACUGAGGGGUGAUGGGACAUCCCCUACAGAGCGUUCACUCAGAUCUCAGCCCCUGUCACUGGGAGUCUCCCUGUCCUGGAAGUUGUCAGCUUCACCAAGCCUUCAGCAAACCAUCUACGGCCCUGAUUGGCCAACACAGAGCAGCUGGGACAAUCCCCGAGGAAAGGCCAUUUACUGCAGACUCUCGCAGUCUGGGUGAAGGGAAACGCAGGAAUGGUGGUGGGGGUGGGAAGGAUAGAAGAUAGAAAAAUGGGUUCAAAAGAAUAUAAUACUACUGGUGCAGAAACUAAUCUCAGAUUUUAAUACCAAUGGUAUAACCAGAAAUUAAAUGUUAAAAUACUCAAUAAAAUGAAAUUGUGGCUAAAAUUAUCUUUCUGAAUGAGGACAGUUUGCACAGUAUGCAAUACGGUACACGUAAAAUUAUAAGAUCAUUUCUGACAUUCUGCAACAUUUAUCUUCACUUGUUAUGAGUUAAUGAUCAAUAUUUUGUGCACUUUUAUCUUGGUCUACAUGGUAUUUUAAUCAUAAACUAAAAAGAUUAUUUUAGGAACACUGUAAAUAAAGCUCUAACUGGUUGUGGGGAAGGUUCAAUUGAAGUGAAAUUUUAAAAAUUAUAAAGAAAUAGGAGAACAGAGGUUCAGGGCAGUGAAGAGAUGAAUGAUAAUUAGUGUGACAAGAAGUGGUCGAAAAUAUCUGCAGAUGUGUGUGGAAGAAAUUAGAACCAGAUUAAUAAAUGAUGAUUAAAAUGUC